UUGUAUAUACAGUUCAUAUGUGUGUGUGCAUAUAUGUAUACGUAUGUAUAGAUAUAUAUGUGUGGAUGUGUAUAUAUAUGUGUGUUUAUGUUUGAAUAUGUAUAUUGAUAUAUCAUUGUGUAGACACACUGCAUAUAGGUGUGUGUGUGUGUGUGUGUGUAUGAUAUUUUAUUAGAGGGCGGGGCCGGGAGGUUCUGUAUCCACACAAUGAGUGAUAAAAGACAGAAGUAGCCAAUUUCAGUUGCUAACUGAUGAUGCGCCUUGAUGGAUUAGAAUAGAAAUGACUAUGCUUUGACGUCAGAAACCACCAGGAGACGAUCGUAUAAAAAGAAGGAAGCCUGCAUUUUCCACCCAAAACGCAAAGGCGCAUCUACCUGCUCUCCCAUCUCUCUUUUGCACUUGGGGAAAAAAGACGCUUCGAAGAGGAAAAUGCCACUUUCAAGCAGCUCCACGUCCUCUUCCAAGAGCAUCCGCAGAGCCGGCUCGGAAUUAGAACGCUCGGACUCCAUCACGGUAGGAUACGGCAAACUUUUUGCCACUUAUCCACCAAAAUAUGACUUUUUAAAAAGGGGGGAAAUAUUUCAAAAUAAUACUGCGUGUGCUGUUAUUGCACAAAAAACUGUUCAGUUUUUCCUUUUCCUUCAAUUGAAAAUUUCUGGUGCGUUUUACCAGUCUCAACGCUUCCCUGGAAGACGGCGGAGUUUGAUUGACGACGCGCGCAAGGAGCGCGAAGCCGCAGCCGCUGCGGCAGAAGCGGCGGAAGCCAGCGAGCAGAUCGUUUUCGAAGAAGACGACGGAAGAGCCCUCGUCAACCUUUUCUUCACUUUAGCCAGCAACAAGACGCAGUUGCUGUCCAGAACGCUUAAAGUCUUUGAGACAUUCGAAGCCAAAAUCCAUCAUUUGGAGACGCGGCCGAGCCGCAAGCAAAAGGACAACUUGCAGAAUUUGGAGUAUUUUGUGCGAUGCGAGGUGCAUCUUUCCGACGUCAGCACGCUCAUCAGUUCCAUUAAGAGGAAUGCAGAAGAUGUCAAGACGACCAAGGAAGUCAAAUUUCACUGGUUUCCCAAGAAAAUCUCCGACUUGGACAAAUGUCACCAUCUGAUCACCAAAUACGACCCGGACUUGGAUCCCGAACAUCCCGGCUUCACGGACCCCGUCUACAGAGAGAGGAGAAAAACCGUGGCCGACAUCGCCUUCGGAUACAGACACGGCGAUUCCAUUCCCAGAGUGGAAUACACAGAAGCGGAGAUUGCCACUUGGAGAGAAGUCUACUUGACACUGCGGGACUUGUACAGCAGCCAUGCCUGCAGCGAAUACCUGGAGUCCUUCCGUCUCCUGGAAAAGCAUUGCGGCUACAGUCCGGACAACAUCCCUCAGCUGGAAGACGUGUCCCGCUUCCUCAAAGAACGCACCGGUUUUAUGCUGCGUCCGGUGGCGGGUCUCCUCUCGGCGCGGGACUUCCUGGCCAGUUUGGCCUUCCGGGUCUUUCAGUGCACGCAGUACAUCCGCCACGGAUCGUCGCCCAUGCAUUCCCCGGAGCCCGACUGCAUCCACGAACUUUUAGGCCACGUUCCAAUGCUGGCCGACCGCACCUUUGCACAGUUUUCCCAGAGUCUUGGCUUGGCAUCACUGGGAGCUUCAGAAGAGGAUAUUGAGAAACUCUCCACACUCUACUGGUUCACCGUGGAGUACGGUUUAUGCAAACAAAAUGGCGAAGUGAGAGCCUACGGCGCCGGCCUGCUUUCUUCUUACGGAGAACUCCUGCACUCGCUCUCCGACGAACCCGAGACCAGGGAGUUUGACCCGGAAGCGGCGGCGGUGCAGCCCUACCAAGACCAGACCUACCAGCCCGUCUACUUUGUUUCCGAGAGUUUUGCCGACGCUAAGGAGAAAUUCAGGACGUUCAUGGCAGGGAUCCGCCGACCCUUCUCCGUCCACUUUGACCCGUACACGUGCAGCAUCGAGGUCCUGGACAACCCCUUGAAGAUUCAAGGAGGCCUGGAAAGACUCAAGGACGAGCUGAAGAUGCUGACCGACGCCCUCAACGUUUUGGCCUGAAAACUAAACCUUCCGUUAUAUUUCACUCGUUCGCUGCCAUUUGCCAUACCGGACGUCCAAUUGUACGGCAUCUAAAAAAAAUAUUCUAGGAGACACCCUGUUGAUUUUCAGUCACUUCCUGUUCAUUUUGAGGCAUUUACGGGUCACUUGAUUUGGGGUUACAUUAGGUUCAUUUGGGGGCAUUUAUGAAUCAAUUCCAAUUCAUUUUGGGUGACUAUAUUUUCAUUUUGGGAAGGGCCACUUCUUGUUAAGUUUGGGGGCGUUUGCGGGUCACUUUGGGGUCACUUCCUGUUCAUUCUGGGUAACUUCUUGUCAAUUCGAGGGUAUUUACGGGUCACUUUCUGUUGAUUUUGGCUCACAUCCUGUUGAUUUUCCAGUUUAUGUCCAACGAAUCGAUUUGAUGUGUGACAAAUAGUUCAAAAUAAGGAAACAUGAAGUCAAAAUGAAAGAUAUGUAUAUAAAAGAGAGUAUGUUAUAUGGUUGAAUCAUCCGAUGAUACAUCUGCAAAUGGAGCUUGUACAGUAUAUAUAUUCAUAUCAAUGUACGUACUGUCUGUCAAAUGCUGGAUGGGAGUGAAGUAUUUUGCCUGUUAUUAUUUCAUGUGAUUUUCCUAUUUAUGUUGCUGUUUCCACGCAUCAUUCACAAAAAAUGGAAUUAAAUGAGCGCUCAUCUGAGGAGCUGUUGGUUGUUGCUUGAUUAAAAAUGAAAAGCACACCUAUCUGGGAUGAAUGGGGUCAUUUUUUUUUCAUGCUAGGAGAGGUUU